AUGCCGCCACUCAGCACCACACAUGUCUUCAAGUUUGGACUUACCACGCCGCCUGCAACUGAGUCUCUGGAAACUCUGAUUCUGGAGCACCUCGAAUUGGCCGCUCACAAAGUCGAGCUGGCUGCGGGUGACUUAUUCUCUGCCUCUGCCCCGUCGUCGGAGUCGUGCCCAGCCGGACCACAAGAUGUCGCCGCUCUGGUGACCGAGAUGGGAGACUACUUAGCCCGAACCGCCCUGAUAUGGUCCUCUCUCAUUCAAAGUCUCAUCCAGGGACCUCACAUUGAUCAUGUUACUCUACAAAUCCUCGAAAAGUCCCGAGCAGACACUCGGGUUUCAGACCUCGCCGCGUCCGUUUCCAUGGACGUGACCCUCAGUCGCCUUCGGUAUGUAUAUGUUGCUUCUUCUUCAACCGUUUCUGCCCUCCUUCCUUACCUUUUGCUUCCCCCCCUUGUCAACAUUAAGAUGCGCGACCUGGCAGAGCAGUACGCUCGAGACGUUCAAACAGUAUGGACAGUUGGAGGCGGCAGGAGGUCGAGUCUGGCUUCACAUGUGCCCCGGAUGUCCAUCUCGUCACACGACGGCCCCCCAUCCGCUGCCCCAUCGGUGACCUCAUCGGCGACCUCGUUGGACAUGCAAGAGGUGCCUGAUGCGUUCUUGCGCGCACCUAAACGUCGCAAGCAACUUCCCGAUGCCGCCGCUGUACCGCGUGAACGAGCGCCGGCGGUGCCACAUCCACCACUGCCGCCGCUCCCGCUCUUACCGCCGGCUUCAUCACUCUUAUUGCCGCCCAUCUUGUCGGAUACCGCCGACUCAACAGGACCGCCGCUGAGCCACCCACCGCCGAGACCGCCGAAGCUAUCAAGGGCUGCGGCGAGAAGAGAGGCCGAAUCAAGGCCAUUACUAAUUUCAACGCCAAUGGCCCCAAUGCCAAUAGCAGCAGCAUCGGCCACGGCGUCUGAAUCACCACCAACCCCUCCACCACCAGAAACUCCAGAGUCCGUAGCAACGCCGGCGUCCGACGCGACGGCAACUGGGGCAAACCCUCCCGAGCAAGAUGAGUCAGACGACUACUCGGAUGAGAAUGAAUUUGCCGGCAUCAACAUGAAGGCCUUGAAGCAACGAGGCAAGGGCAAAUACUACUGCCCCAGGGGGCAUCAGUGCGACAAAGGCGGAGUCGAUAAACAUGGCAACCUGAUACUCUUCGAUCGUAACUCAUCUUUUGCGCAACACUGUAACAAACAUCGAAAGCCCUGGCGGUGUGAUGUGCCUGGCUGUCCGAAUCCUCCCAAGAAGCGUCGGUUUGCGCGCCGUGACGGGCUGGAACGUCACAAAGCCACAGUCAAGCAUUACUUUAUGACAACAAGGCCAGCUGGGCCUGACGAUCUCACAACGCGCCUCAACAACAAGUGUAAGCGCCUUCUCAAGGAUCGGGUUCCGUCAGCUGGAGAAGGGACAGGACGCAGCACUGGCCAGAGCGGAGUCGAAACGAGUCGGUGA